CUGCCUGCCUGCACGGACCCCUCCUCCGAUUCUCUCUCGCGCUCCGCUCGUGCUGCCCGCUGCUCCAGCUGCUGCUGCUGCUGCUGCUGCUAUCGCCGCCGCUGCUGUCUGGCUGCCGGUGUCUGCGUGCGUGCCCGCCUCCUCCUUUCCGUCUGCCUGCUCCCCCGGUCCAUGUAGAGGCUAGCGGCAGUCGGACACCAUGACGGGGAUCGCUGCUGCCUCCUUCUUCUCCAACACUUGCCGGUUCGGAGGUUGCGGACUCCAUUUCGAAUCUUUAGCCGAACUGAUCGUUCACAUCGAGGACAGCCACAUCGACACAGAUCCUCGUGUUCUGGAGAAACAGGAGCUACAGCAGCCCACCUACGUUGCCCUCAGUUACAUCAACAGGUUCAUGACGGAUGCGGCGCGUCGUGAGCACGAGUGUUUGAAGAAGAAGGUGCAGCCCAAACUCUCACUCUCCCUGACAUCAUCCAUCGCCCGGGGCAACGUAGCCACGCCCCCAAGACACACCAGCGGAAACCUUACGCCGCCCGUAACCCCACCCAUCACCCCCUCGUCCUCAUUCAGGAGCAGCACACCGACAGGGAGCGAGUAUGACGAAGAGGAGGCGGAUUUCGAGGAGUCGGACAGCGAUGAGUCGUGGACGACGGAGAGCGCCAUCAGCUCCGAGUCCAUCCUCAGCUCCAUGUGCAUGAACGGGGGCGACGAGAAGCCCUUCGCCUGCCCUGUGCCCGGCUGCAAGAAGAGAUACAAGAAUGUGAACGGUAUUAAGUACCACGCCAAGAACGGGCACCGUACACAGAUCCGCGUGCGGAAGCCGUUCAAGUGUCGCUGUGGGAAGAGCUACAAGACGGCGCAGGGGCUGCGUCACCACACCAUCAACUUCCACCCGCCCGUCAGCGCCGACAUCAUCCGCAAGCUGCAGCAGUAGGCCACGCCCCCCUGUGACAUCAUACGCAAGCUGCAGCAGUAGGCCACGCCCCCCUGUGACAUCACACGCAAGCUGCAGCAGUAGGCCACGCCCCCUUGUGACAUCAUCCGCAAGCUGCAGCAGUAGGCCACGCCCCCUUGUGACAUCAUCCGCAAGCUGCAGCAGUAGGCCACGCCCCCCUGUGACAUCACACGCAAGCUGCAGCGGUAGGCCACGCCCCCUUGGCCGCCUGUUGCCGUGCCAACCAACCAGCCGACCUACCAACACCACCCUGACCCCCUGACCCCUCCCCACCAUUCCAACACCCUCCCCUCCCCCCCCCCCCCCCGAAGAGGGCAGCUGCCAGCCCUCACAUUCUACCUCCUCUCUGAGGAAACACACAAACACACACACACACACACACACCCAACACAGGUGUUCUAACAUAUACUCUACACACACACACACAUGACACACACACACAUGACACACACACACAUUUGCGCGUGUGUGCGCACACACACAGGCACACGCACACACCCCCCAACAUACACUACACGUUUGCAUGCUUUAAGUGUGUGUAUCAGCGCUGGGUUUGCUCCUCUCCUAUUGGGAUGAUGUAUUCUUAUAGAGUUCACACUUUUGUAUUUUUGCACACUCUUGCUUCCUUUCUGCCGAUUAUUAUUAUUUUCUUAUCGUUAUUAUUAUUAUUUUCUUAUCGUUGUUAUUAUUUUCUUAUCGUUGUUAUUAUUUUCUUAUCGUUGUUAUUCUCUGAUAUUAUGUUGUUUUCACACACAUGGUGCUUAGCGUGGAGGAAAGGUGGCGUGCAUUUAGCCAAGAGAUUUGGACCCCCACACCUCACCGACUCAGAGGACAGGAGGGACACACACACACACACACACACACACACACACACACACACACACACACGUAGUCCUUCCUGCCUGUUUGGUUUGUACUGAGUGAGCUGGUGUGGGGUGUAGUUGGAAGUAUUUGAAUGUUUUGUAUUAUAACAUGGCCGAUAUAUCUAGCGCAGCAUAGAGAUAGUCUUGUAUAUAUAUUCUAUAAACGUUUCCUAAUCAGAUGUGAGAUCUUUAUGCUUUAUUCCUGUAUUUGCGUUUUGAUUUCCUGUGUUCCUCCGUGGGGGGUUUUCAGCAGAGAAGAGAUUGCCUUUGAUGUGCACUCUGACACCGUUUCACAUUCCUCUAGCCUUCCCUGUCCCCUUCUCUCUCUCUCUUUUUCACCUCUCCUUCCCUGGUUCCUUUCUUCUGUCUCUGUCCCUCGUUACCUGCAUGCUUGUUCCUUCUCACCAAAACGACGACAAUCUCAGGAGUCCGAAACGCCAGCAUUACACAAACAACCCUCCCCCCCCCCCCUUGUGGAGAGCUGCUUGCACACCGUACCAACAACCACCAACAGCUGGGUCUGUGUUUCUUCCGCCAGUCUUGUGUGUGUGCUCUUGUGUGUUGGAUGGAGUUGUUCCAGUUUGACUGUUCUAGAGUCAGUGUGGAGUUGGUGCUCUGAACAUUCUGAAAACUGUAACCAAACCAACUGCCAACUUUAGAAUGUUGGGAUUAGUUAUCUAGGCAACAUUAGAAUGUUGGGAUUAGUUGUCUAGGCAACUUUAGAAUGUUGGGGUUAGUUGUCUGGGCAACUUCAGAAUGUUGGGAUUAGUUAACUAGGAAACAUCAGAAUGUUGGGGUUUGUCGUCUAGGCAACUUUAGAAUGUUGGGAUUAGUUGUCUAGGCAACUUUAGAAUGUUGGGGUUAGUUGCCGUUUGUUGGGUCGGUGUGCAAGCGCCUCAAGCUGUUACAAAACCCCAGACCCUGUGUGUGUUAGCGUGUGAGCGUGUGUGUGUUAGUGUUGGGACUAUUUAAGCCCCAGAACCUGUGUGUGUUAGCGUGUGUGUGUGUGUGUGUUUGUUAGUGUUGGGACUAUUUAAACCCCAGACCCUGUGUUAGAGGGUGUGUGUGUGUGUGUGUGUAUGUGGAGGGGGGUAGUGUUGGGACUGUUUAAACCCCAGACCCUGUGUUACAGAGUGUGUGUGUAUAGGGGAGUGCAGUCCUGAGAGUAUUAAAGCAGUGUGUGUGUGUAUGGGGGGGGGGGGGAGUGCUGAGAGUAUUAAAGCACUUUGUAGAGACCAGUUGCCAACAUAGUUUAAGGUGUUUUUGUUUUCGUUGCCAACCUCUGCAGGCCGCAGGUUGUCAUGCCAACGAGUGUUCCGCUGCAGGAUCCAAACACAGCGUUCUGUUCAUCCCCCCUCCGUCUCUCUCUCUCUGUUCUGUUCAUCUCCCCCUCCGUCUCUCUCUCUCUCUCUGUUCUGUUCAUCCCCCCUCCGUCUCUCUCUCUCUGUUCUGUUCAUCUCCCCCUCCGUCUCUCUCUCUCUCUCUCUGUUCUGUUCAUCCCCCCUCCGUCUCUCUCUGUCUCUGUUCUGUUCAUCCCCCCCUCCAUCUCUCUCUCUGUUCUGUUCAUCCCCCCCUCCGUCUCUCUCUCUGUGUUCUGUUCAUCUCUCUCUCCUCCCCAUCUGAUAACUGUUGGUCUUUCUCUUUAUCCUUUCUCUCUCUCCCUCUCCUUCUCUCCUCCCUCUCUCCUGUGUGUGUGUGUGUGUGUGUGUGUGUGCGUGUGUGUAUGUGUGUCUGGUUGCCUUUGAAUUGUGGACCACAGCAGCAGUGAGUUCUGAGCGGAGCCGCAUGCCAGAGCCAAUCAGUCGCGAGCGUGCUGGUGGGCCAUGGACCAAUCACAGGCCGGUCCACUACGGACUCGGCCGCCGCCAAAAGCUGGGCUGUCCCGGACGACGCCCCCCAGCUGAUCCGAUUAGUCUGUGAUCCGACGGACUGCCCAGUCCAGAUCCCUUAGAGUGUGUGUGUGUGUGUGUGUGUGUGUGUGUGAGUGUGAGUGUGAGUUCUAAUUCUGCCUGACCCGUUUGGUGUCGUGAGGUCACCAGGCCCCCAAGCAGAGGGACUUUGAGUGACAGAGCAUCGCACCAAUGGGACGCAAGCAAGCAAAGGUGCUGGCAUGAAUGGGCAUGUCAGGGGGGAAAGGGGCGGGACCAAACUCAGUCCCCCCCCCCCGGGCGGGCCUGUCAAUCAGUCAACAUGACCUCACCCCCCACCAUCAUCAUCUUCAUCUUCAUCAGUGCAUGGACGUAGAUGUGUGUUCUGAGAGCUUCUCCUUUAAGCGGCACACACACUGACUACGACAAGCGUAACCAUAGAGGUCAUUCAUAUUAAGGAGAGCGAUAUUUUGCUAAGUGGUCGUUAUGUUUGUCGGUGUCGGUGUGAGUGGCCCCCUAGCGUUACAGUUCAGUAUUACAGUGCCAGUCUGAGGAGAGUUUGAUAUGUUGUGUAUAGUGAAUGUAUCGUGUCUGUGUUUAAGUGCAUUAAAUUAUAUUUUCGUAUGUUUCUGGAGAACGACGUUCCUAUUAUGUGUAUGAAGUGAGCUCUGGGGCUGGGGGGGCUGUGUCCCCCCCUCACCCCGGAUGCUCUCUGUACUCUCUUCAAAAACAAAAAAAAAAGCUGCUUCAACAGUGUACACCUGAUUACAUUUGAAACAUUAAAAUGACCCCUGGAGUCAA